AUGGCUGAAAGGACCAGUAAUCGAAUAUAUUUUAAAUAUUUCUGCACUUUUGUUUACUUCACAGGGUGUAAACACUUGACCGAUGACGAGCAAAGUCGACUUGCAUUACUCUUUGCAAACUGUCACUUACAGAAGGCCCAAAUUCCACCCUAUCAUUGUGAUGAUGGUGAAGAUAUUUCAGACUGCCUCGCGAAGAUGCGCAGCGAUGUUAUCGCUUUCAAUGCGUACACAGAGUUCUUCACGCACACCCAAAAUAUAUGCUUCUUCCUGCAGAAUCAAAUUUGGCACGAGAGAACUGAAGACACCGUGUCUCGCUUGGCAACAAGUUCUGAAAGUGUUGCCGAGCAACUGGAAACAACAAGUGAACUUCAGGACAAGAUGAUGCAGAGACAGAGCCAGUCGUUGGCCAACCAGGAAGCUAUAAUAAAAAACGAAAAAUAUUUACAAAUGGCAUUGCAUCAGUCCAGCCAAGAUCUUCAACAGGUAUUUAAUGACAUGAAAAUUAGCACAAAGGAGCAAAAACAACUCUUUGAAGAAACAUUUCAAAGGGUUUCUGAUGUGCAAAGAGUGAUCCUCGGUGAGUUCACAUCAUUCCAUAGCCUGCUGUUCUACGUUUUGGCUGCAGCGGUGGUGUAUAUGUUGACAUCAACAUCUAGAUCAAGUGGGGCUCGUCUCUAUAUUUUUGUGAUAUUGAUCAUAAAUGCAGCCGUUGAACGAGCAAUAUUCUACUAUUCUCUGAAUGUGGGUCAGGAUAUUUUGUACCAAAGGAUGUGGAUGUCAAGAAAAUUAUUUUGCACCAUAGCAACAGUGAUGUGGAUGGCAUUCAUUUACCUCUAUCGUGAUUACAACAAAAUCAACAACAAACUUCUUCUCAAAAUUGAGCAAGAUACAGCAGAACUACGCAAAGAUUUCCAGCGUUUCAGUACUAAUUCACUUCCAAAUUUACCUGGCAUUGAGGCACCAAGCUUGCAACGUUUUGCAUCCUCAUCUUCCACCAGGACCAUGGUACCAACUAUUACUUCCAAUACAUCAUUCUGUCAUCCAAUUAAUUAUACACACACCGACAGCUGCCCCAACACACCUGAAGGUCCAGGAGUUCAGAAUAAAGAUAUGGACGACACCUUAGAACUGGAUUACACAUAUAUACCAUCUGACAGUGACAAUGACUCUGAUGAUACAACAUCCAGCUUCUUUACUGCAGAUCAGUCGAUGGAGGACCUGCGGAGAUCCAGUUCAUCAUUCCUUGAUGGCAGGCCUAUACUGAAUCUCUCCAGAAUAUCAGAUUUUGUUUCUGAAACAAGUAACUUCAUUUCUGGAAAGAAGACAAGCUCCAUGAGAAAUUAUCCAACUCCGGAAAGUACAUCUCGGUAUAAUUUGCGAAGUCGUUCUAGAAAUAACCGCCAGAAUCCAGUACUAGAAUCCGAAACUCCAGAGAUGUUCACCAGGUUUCUAGAAAUGCGUCAGAGGUUGCUUCAGGAGGGGAGGAGGCAAAUAAAUUCUCAGCAACCACGCAGUCCCUACACUCCAAAUUAGAGAUAAAAAUUCAUACGUCCAUUCAUAUUUUUGUUUUUGUCUAGUAUCCUGGGGUUCGCUGUGAUGCUUCCUGCUUGGGAGAGUUUGUAUGCCCUAUGGUCCGAUGCUGCUUUCAUCAGGUGGGGUAAUAUGCAUGGAAGAUGCCCAGGGGUGUGAGUUGCCAGUCAUUUGUGGGUGUCUUUAGUUUAAUUGAUCUGUUUGUUGAUCUGUUGAUUAUUUUUUGGGGUUAUUUUUUUGUGGUUUAUUUGUAAUAUCACUAAAUUUAAUGAUAUUUUAUAAAUUUGAAAACAAGUAUAAUUUUGUCAAUAAAUGCCUUAAUUUACCAUUAGGUGACAAGGACUGAAUUUUUUAAUGAAAAUGUAAGAUACCAAUAUAUUAGGGUUUUAGAGAUACUCGUAAAUGAUUGAAAAGUAUUUCUUAAAAUAGUUGCCACUCUCAAAGAAGCAUUGAACAUUAUUUUUUAACUAUUGUAUUACAGUAUUAUAGAGAGAUAUAUAUAUCUAUAUAUAUAGGGGUAUAUUUCCCACAGAAGAACUGCUUUCUCACAAAUGAAGUAAUGCCAACGCUGUAACAAAUCAGAUACACUUACAAAUCAUAAUUACCAUUUUAACAUUCCAAUAAUGAGUAAUAAGACCUACUCCUGAAUAAGUGUUGCACUAAAACCUCUACAGUGCACUAUAGUAGUUUUGAUUGGAUGAAAUGACAUUAUAGUUGUUUUUUUUGCAAUCUUCAGGGCAUCAUAACAACAAUUUACAUCCAGGGAAACAGUUUCUUAAUGACCUCAGGAUUGAUUAAAGAUGUAUUGUCCCCCAAAAUUGACAAAAAAAAUCAUUAAAAAAAAUUAACUUGCUCAGUUUUCAGUAACAUACAAAUUAAAAUUAACUUGAGAAUAGGAAAUAUUGAAUAAAAAACAAAGUUUAACCUAAAUUUUAUACUAGAAUAUGAUUAGAACAGUGAGUGGAAAUGUUUUUAUAAUUUUUUUGCUGUAAAAAUUAUGAGUGACCUUUUUUUUUUAAAAUAUUGUACACUAAUUUCUAUGUUCAAGUAUUUAUGUUACUUUAAAAUGAGCAAGUUAUUUUCAAAAAUGAUUUUUGAUAAGUUUAGUAUUUCUUUUGGCACAAUACAUUUCCCCUCUUAAAUGUAUAUCAAUAGUAUCAUUUUUUUUUUUCAUAUACAGUACUGAUGUUAAAAACAUGGAUAGGUGAACAAAUUUUAAGUUUCAGAUACAGUACAGAGUCAACAUUGGUUGCCAAGUGCUUUGUUGUUCACUCUAUGACUAUCAGUGACUGGAAAUAUGCCAAAGCCUUCAAAUAUAAAGUUAUAUUAAGUUAAUAUUAAGCCCACUCCUUGGAUAUUGUUGUAAGGUCCCACAAAAUGGAAGUGUAAAAAUAUACGCAUAAAUGUGCGUUUGUAGAACACGCUCUUAUUCCUGGCUCUCUUCUAAUAGGUCAGUUUUUUAGCUUAAUUGACAUUCCGGAAAAAGGUCAAUGCUGGAAGAACAUUUUUAGACAAACAGUACUACAUACUUUCAUGCUUUCACGUUUCCACUUUUAUUUCACCUGAACAAUAGCACUGUGUUUGUAUGAAAAGUUGUGAAUUAAUGAAUUUUCACUUGUUACCGUAGUGUCUAUUAAAAGUGUGCUACAUAAUACAAUAAUUCACAAAUUUGAAAUAUCAUCGCUGAGUAUAAUGAUGGCUGUAAGUCAUCAUUACUUUAAGUCACUCGUACUGUUUGAGGAAAAGGUCAUUAAUUCAAGAAAUUACAAUCACAAUUAUUCUAAGAUAAAUCCUUUCUAGAAAUGAAAAUAAUUACUGCCAGUGCAGAUGUCUAUUGCAUGACAAUGUUAAAUUAUUUUCAGAAAUCUUAAGUAUAAUGUGACAGUAACUAAUUGUUUUUGUAUAAAAGUAUAUCAUCAUGCAGUAAAUGAGAAAUUAAGUUGCUCAAUACAUAACUAAUUCAAUCUGUAUCUUUUGCAAUAUAUUUUGUUCUAUUUUUAACCAAAUAAUUUAAGCAAUGCAAUUAAUCAACAUACGUGUUAUGUUCCGAUUUUGACCUAAUCAUUUGAAAAAAUAGAACAAAAAGUAGAUUGCAUCUAUCACUAUUAAAUUGUAAUGUCUCACCCAGUUUCGUUCGGUUAGCCUAGAAGAAAGUUACAUUCCGGGGCUAGUACACGAAGUGUAUGCUAAUACUGGAUACUGUUUGACCACCGAUUCGUCUGUGGUAACCAUCUUCAUGAUAGUUUUAACUUUUAGACAGGCAAAGGAAAAUUUAAUUAAUUCUAUUUAAAAGCAUUGAAUUUUUUUUUUAAUUGCCGAAAAUACAAUUCAAUCAUGCCUUAAUAAGCCGUAAAAUUUAGGGAUUAAACCUGUUUAGUGCGAGCAGUGCUACUGUAUGUGCAAGGUGUUGUAUACUAUUGCGAUCAUAUAGGUUGCAGUGGUGGUGCCAUCUCCGACAGGCUGGUACCUUCGUCAGGGGGGGUUAGUACCCCGCUGUAGCAGCACUCUUAACUUGCAUUGUUUUCUAUCAAGUUAUCUUUUUUAAAUAAAGAAUCCCAUAAUUAAACACAAAAUUUGCUAGGCUUCUCUGGUGGGGAGGGCUUGGACCCCUCAUUGGGGAAUUUCUGGCACCACUCCUGGAUAAAAUAAUAUUAUUAUCACUCCUAUCAUAGUGAGAUAAUUUGAAAUGUAGAAUGUUUAUGGAAUGCCUUCAAUACUGUAAGUCUAUACCAAGUUUGAUAUCUUUAGAAUUUAUAAAUUGUUUGUAAACUGUAUGGAGACCUCCAUGAUGUAUGAAGCCUAUGGAUAUAGAAUGUAGUGGACAGUACUCUCUGCUGUAUAUUAUAAUUAUUAUUUGUUUAAAAUUUAAUAGAAUGAUUUUGCUGUGAAUUAAUUUUAAAUUAAUUUUUACUGGUACUGGUAUGGGCAUUUAUAAUGCACCUCUUCCUUUAGCUUAUAAAGUGCAGUUCUAAAUGAUUUUUGAUAAUUUUAGUAUUUUUAAUGGGUUUUUAAUGGCACAAUACAUCUUUAACUAAUUUCCCUUUCUUUAAUUAUAUCAAUAGUAUCAUAUUUUUUUAUUCAAAUACAGAGUCAACGUUGGUUGUCAGUGUUUUGUUGUUCACUCAAUGAGUUAUCAGUGACUAGAAAUAUGUUUUUGUUUUGCAUUAUUUAUGGAAUUUAAUAAUUCCAUUUGUUAUUCAAGGUUGUUUUGCCUGCAGAAUGUUAUUUAAUCCUAUUUCUGUGCAAUUUAAUAUGUUUAUAGGGACAUAAAUUUUGUAUGAAGUAAAGCAAUAUUGCAUGCUUUGUCAGAACUCUGGCAGGAAUGCAUUCAGAGCAAUCAAUGGUUAUGGAUUUAGAAGAUACAGUAUGACGUGCCUCAAAUGUGUGACACACAUCAAUCGUUAUCAAGAAACUUCCAAAUAGCUUCCAAGUUUCAAAACUUUUAUAAGCAAUUACAGGGUUAUACGGUUGGGAAUUGUAUUGUCAUUAAUAAUUUGUUAAUGCUAUCCCAGAAUAUAGUUUAAUAUAUUAUGCAUGUAUUAAUUUUAAUGUAGAUAACAAUUAUUAUAGACUUAUUUUCUACAUGCAGUUGUUUAGUUAAUUUUUUAUAAUGUCUUAAUUGAAAUUAUAAGGUAACAUUUCCUGGUAUUUCUUGUGAUGUUCCAUUGUAAAAAAUGUUAAAGAUUUUUUUAAACUGAAUAAAACCAAAUCAAGUCAACCAA